AUGGGCAAGGCUAGCACAUCGACACGGGGUGGCAAGGGAGCGCGCGGAGGAGGUAGCGGUAGAGGUCGAGGUCGUGGAGGCGGCGGUCGAGGUGGAGGCAGGAGUCUCGCCGACCGAUACGCCUCGGCGUUGGACAAUGACAGCUGGCGGCCCGACAGCGCUAUCGACGAGCCACAGAGGAAGGGAACCCGCAGCUCCUCAGACGGAUCAGAAGAGUCCAACUCGGACGAAGACGAGGACUCGGAAGCUGAUUCCGACGACGAAGAAGCUACGAAGAGCGAGAGCGAGAGCGAGAGCGGCAGCGACAACGAAGGAUCGUCGAGCGAUGCGGAUAGCGACUACAACUCCGUAGACGGCGGGAGCGAUGUCGAAUCGAUCGAAGUGCCAGUAGCGAUGUGGGACUUCAACCACUGCGAUCCCAAACGUUGCUCGGGCAAGAAGCUUUCGCGGCUUGGGCUCAUCCAGGAGCUUCGGGUGGGACAAAAGUUCCGCGGCAUCGUGCUCACUCCGAACGCCACGCAGACGCUCUCGCCCGCGGAUGCGCACAUCGUCGCCGAGAACGGCGUGGCAGUGGUAGAGUGCAGCUGGGCACGACUGGAUGAGGUUCCGUUUGGCAAGCUCAAGAGUCCCCACGAGCGCCUGCUGCCACACAUGAUCGCCACCAACCCGGUCAACUACGGCAAGCCAAUGAAGCUCAACUGCGUCGAAGCACUUGCGGCGGCAUUCUACGUAUGCUCCAUGCCCGCACAGGGUCGACUGCUGCUGUCCAAGUUUGGCUGGGGCGAACACUUCCCCAAGAUCAAUGCGCGCUGGAUCCGCGCGUAUCGUGGAUGUGCGGACGCACGCGAGGUCAACGAGCUCAGCCGCAAGAUGGUGGAAGAGGAUCGAGCGGAGAAGGAGGAACUCAAGAAGCGAUUCGACGAGUCGGGCGGUAUCCAGGGUACGCUCGAUCGGAUCGCCGACGAGGCCGACCAUCUGGACAGCGACGAGGAGCGCGAGGCGGAAGAACGUGCGCUGCAGCAGGACUUUUCCAAAAUUGUGCGCAUCACCGACAGCUCUGCUCAAGCAUGA